UCCUGUCUGUCUCUGUCAUCGCAUAUAAAAUCAUGGGGAACACGCUGCCUGUUAAGACUCCAAGAGAGGUGCACAGAAAGAGACGACUGCAAGCGCGAAGAUGCUCAGGCUGUGCGGACUCCUCCUUAUUUGCUCAACUCUAAUAGAUGCUAAGGUAGACAUCAUCAAUAGUGAUCCAGAUGUGCUGGUGGGACGCGACACUCUGCUCUUGUGCAAAGCCGAUACAGAGGGAACAAUUAGUUGGUUGAAAGGGGAUGAUGAAAUUGAUGAAGAAUUUGUCCAGAAAAUUGAUGAGUCCUCGAGUAAACUGAACUUGAAGAAUGUUGCAUUAGAAGAUGCUGGAAUCUAUACCUGCGUGUUUGAAAAUGAACACGGCACGCAGAAGAAAGUGGACUACCAGAUCUACGUCUACCAAACACCGGACUUUGGCAACACACCGGUGUACCAUGAAUUUCUGGUGAACCAGACAGUGACCAUUCCCUGCGUGGUGACUGGGAAGCCUGCGGUGGAAGUCCACUGGUAUCGGAACGAUCGCAUCGUGAAUGAUGACGGUAGGGGGGAUGGUCAUGCUGCAGGUUCUUCUGCUCUUUUAUGUGGACGGGGUCAUCUCAGAAUCCUUCCAGAUAAGUCUCUGCAGAUUCUGGGAAUUCAGCAGGAAGACAGUGGAAUCUACACUUGUGAAGGCAGGAUUAGGGGUCGCCCCAUAAAAAGGGAGCUCCAGAUCUCUGUUAUUGUUAAUGAGCCACCGACCGUCCUGAUUCAUCAGGAAAGAAGAAGUGUUUUUGCUGGACCCAACACCACCGUGUCUAUAGUCUGUCUGGUCAAAGGAGUACCACGUCCAAACAUUUCAUGGAUAGUCCCUUCCCCCUCUGAAGACUCCCGUCACAGAUACAACUCUGAUAAGAGUGAGCUCACCAUCUCUGCAGUGACCAGGAGUGAUUUUGGAGAGUAUGUCUGCACGGCUUCCAAUAAGAUUGGGGAAAACACAGCCACGUUCAAUCUGGAUGUCUCUGAGCGUCCAUCAGUAGCUUUGUACCCACCGGAGCUGGCGGUUAUUCCAGGAGAAACUGGAUCUGUGAUCUGCAAUGCCACUGGACAUCCAACACCAACAAUACAGUGGUUCAGGAAGACUGCCAACGAAAAAAUGAUGAAUGUGGAGGGUUCUGAGAUGACUCUUGAAAAUGUAAUGCCCUCUGAUGGCGGCUUGUACUCCUGCAUAGCCAGUAGCGCAGCAGGAACAACCUCUAGGGACUUCAAGCUGAUAACCUGGCCUGGGACACCCACUAAGUUCAGUGUGACACCAGGGCCCUCAUCUUCCAUCCUCAUCCAGAGUUCCUCAGUGCAGGAAGGAGGGUCCUCCAUUACCAAGUACAUCCUUCAGUGGAAGAAACCAUCUGAAGACAAAUGGAGUGAAAGCAUUGUCCAGCCCAAAAAUCCCCUGGUGAUCACGGGCCUUGAGCCGUACACAGAGUACGUCGUUCGUUUUGCGGCCAAAAACUCUCACUUCCAGGGGAACUUCUCCACAGAACACGAGAUCUUCACACAGUCCCAACAUGGGGAACCCGACAGCCCUAUUUUGUCUCUGAGCGAGAAAAAGCUGGACAAGAGCUCAGUCACUAUCCCCAUUAAACAGCAGAAAGAUGGAGGCUCUCCCGUCCUGCACUACGUUGUAAAAUACAAAGGGAACAAGGAGAACGAGGAAUGGACUGAAAAAGAAAUUCCUGGAAACUCCAGCAAAAUCCAGCUGAACAAUCUCCAGUAUGAUGCUAACUAUCAAAUGGAAGUUUACGCAGUAAGCCUAAAUGGUUCCUCCAGCCCUGCCAAAAUUAACUUCACCGUCCCACAGCCUGUCAGUCAGCCGGCGUUAGGAAAAGGAGGUGUGGUGGGAAUUGUAAUGUUCAUCUUCUUGCUGCUGAUGGUGUCAGUAGAUGCUUUCUGUUGCUACACCAACCACUGCGGCCUGCUUAAUUUCCUCGCUCGCAAACUAUUCGGACACAAAGUGUCAGACUCUAAAGGGAUGGAUGAAGAGGCCAAUAAUUCCACUGGAGAUGUGAAGCUGAGCGGGCUAACACUACCACGAGGCAGCAUCCCAAAGCUUCAGUCACCCAAUGGGGCAGUGAAUGGCGUUCAUUCAGAGGUCACGUGUGACAAAGCGCCUCUUACCAAAUUCGAGAAGAAACCAGAAUCUACCGACCAGGCAGCAGAAGCCUAGAGGAAGAUAUUAUACAAGACACAAUUUGAAUUCAAGAAACUUCACACAAAUCUCAGGACAGCUGAUUGUGAAGUUAAGGGUGUAGCGUGUCAUUUAUUAAAAAACACUGUAUGUAAGCUAUUUGUAUCCCAAAUGUUUAAACUCUACAGCUCUGUGGUGCUAUGAAACGUGGUUCAACCAAUAGCGUGGGGUUUGGGGCGGACCAUUUGUCUGUCCGACCAAAGACGGCUGGGGAAGUGUUGAGAAACCUAUUUGCAAGAUAUAAAACAUCGUAAAUGACAUGCUUCGUAUUUAAGUGAUGCAAUCUGGAACAAACUCACAAACAUCAUAAAGGAUGACCGUUAUUUGCAGAAAAAGUCCAGCGUGAUUUAGAUUAUUUAUAUAUACUUUAUGGAAAUGUAGGAGUAUUAGGAAUAUUAUGAGUGUUAUCCAGCACUGUAGAUACUGUACAUGACAAAUGCUUGAGCGGAAUGUAUGUUCAGUAGAGAGCAGCUAUACAUUAAAGUGUAAUAUUACUGUCAUAAUGGGAGCAUAAUAUCAUAGCAUAAUACCAUCACUAGUUUUAAUUUAUUGCGUGUUUAACAUAUGCUUGUAGCUUUUGAAAAGAAUGCGGUUGAAAGCAGUUGAAAGAAUGUUAAAUGGACUUGCAUUUCAGUUUAAUGUGAACGACAAUGCCUUUUAGAUAUAGAUAUUACUUUUCGGUUGUUUUAACAUCAUAUACUGUUACAUUAAUGCACCUCGUAUGAAUGUUUUGAUCAAGUGAUGUUAAAUGUGGAUGUAAAUACUGAUGCAUGCGGAAAAGAUGUACAUAGAGAUUUAUUAAUAGUUUUUGAUCUUCACUGUACAUUGUAUAAAUUAUUUGUUUAAUGCUUUUAUACUCAUUGUAUUGUGUGACCCUAUAGUAAUUUUGUACUCAGUGUAAAUGUAUUCACAGUAUAGACAUUUGAUUCUUUUGAAUAAAAAGAGGCAAAAAUAA